CUUUUUUUUUCUUGGAAAAAAGCUUUUUUCUUUCGUAAAUUUAUAUCACUUUCUCUAAAAAAAAAAAAAAAAAAAAAAUCUUUGCAGAAAUGGCCAUGAAUAUUACCCACCAGAUCGGAGCACUCGCGGGAACUCCAAUCCAUAAAGAAUCCAUCACCACCACCACAAGUGAAGCUAUGGCGACGGUUAGCGUUGCUGCGGUGUGGAGAACUCCUAUGCCUAAUCCACGGAGCAAAUUUCAUAAACCAUACGUUGUGGAGCAGAAAUCUCAGCCGAUCAGCCCUUGUCGGUCUCCAUUACUAAGCGGCAUCCGUGCGGACCUGUCCGUAGCUUGUCGCGCUUUUGCGAUGGAGGAGAUGACAUUGGAGAGGGCAACGGAGGGGGCGGAAGAGAGGAUGUAUAGAGAUGGUUCUGGGAAGGAGAAAAAGAAGGGGGUGCCUGUGUACGUGAUGAUGCCCUUGGACAGCGUGACGAUGAGCAACACUGUGAACCGGAGGAAGGCGAUGAACGCCAGUUUACAGGCGUUGAAGAGCGCCGGAGUUGAAGGGAUCAUGAUGGACGUAUGGUGGGGAUUGGUUGAGAGAGACGCACCUGGGGUGUAUGAUUGGGGAGGGUAUACUGAGCUUUUGGAGAUGGCGAAGCGACAUGGACUUAAGGUUCAGACAGUGAUGUCGUUUCAUCAGUGUGGAGGAAACGUUGGCGACUCUUGCACUAUACCAUUGCCCAAGUGGGUUGUGGAGGAGAUUGACCAGGAUCCAAACCUUGCAUACACGGAUCAGUGGGGAAGAAGGAAUUAUGAAUAUAUAUCUCUAGGCUGUGAUACCAUUCCGUUCCUCAAGGGGCGGACACCCGUGCAAUGUUACUCUGAUUUCAUGCGAGCAUUCAGAGACAACUUCAAAAACCUUCUCGGUGAUACCGUUGUGGAAAUUCAAGUGGGAAUGGGUCCAGCAGGUGAGCUUCGCUAUCCCUCAUACCCAGAACAGAAUGGGACAUGGAAAUUUCCAGGAAUUGGAGCUUUCCAAUGUUAUGACAAGUAUAUGCUUAGCAGCCUGAAAGCUGAAGCUGAAAAAGUUGGUAAGCCAGAAUGGGGUAGCACAGGUCCUACUGAUGCUGGUCACUAUAACAACUGGCCAGAAGAUACCCAGUUUUUCCGUAAAGAAAAUGGUGGUUGGACUAGUCCUUAUGGUGAAUUUUUCCUUAAUUGGUACUCUCAGAUGCUCCUAGACCACGGUGAGAGGAUAGUUUCAUCAGCCAAGACCAUCUUUGAGAGCACUGGUGUAAAGAUCUCAGUAAAGGUUGCAGGAAUACAUUGGCACUAUGGGACACGGUCCCAUGCCCCAGAGCUCACUGCUGGGUAUUAUAACACAAGAUUUCGGGACGGUUACAUUCCUAUUGCACAAAUGUUAGGACGCCAUGGCGCUAUUUUCAACUUCACUUGUAUUGAGAUGCGUGAUCACGAGCAGCCACAGGACGCUCUUUGCGCACCUGAGAAGCUUGUCAGGCAGGUGGCUUUAGCAACUCAGAAGACACAGGUUCCACUCGCUGGGGAAAAUGCCCUGCCACGAUAUGAUGAAUACGCACAUGAGCAAAUCUCGCUGUCAGCGUCCUUGAAUAUUGAUGGUAAUUCAGGUGAUAGAGAAAUGUGUGCUUUUACAUACUUGAGGAUGAAUCCCCAUUUAUUCCAAGACGAUAACUGGAGACGGUUCGUGGCAUUAGUGAAGAAGAUGAAUGAAGGGAAGAACGCUGAACGGUGUCGGGAGCAGAUUGAGCGGGAAGCUGAGCAUUUUGUGUAUAUUAGUCGGCCUUCAGUUCAGGAGGCUGCAGUGGCUCUGAUGCACUAAGAAUUUUGGUCAACUUGCCGGUUUUAUACCACGGCAACCAACAUUUGGCUUUGUUAUAGCUGCCUUUUUUUUUUGGCUGUAGCAAUAGAUAUUUGCCCUGAGCAAGUGAAUUCAGGAAAUAUGAUGUUACCGUAUACAAAUAUAUGUAUUUUUUUCAUAAGUUUUCAACAAGCUAGGAGUGGAUUGAUAAUCAAUCAAUGUAAUGCUUUUUAUGUAUUUUAGCAAGAACUUCUUUUUGUCCAA